AUGAUUGCGAUUGUCGCGAUUGGAGCGGUGGAUGUCGGAGAAAUGGCGAGAAAUGGCUUGAUGAUGAUACUUGGGUCUAUAAUUGUAAUGGAAAGGAUGGUAUUCAAUCAGAAUUUCUCGGUUGUCAAGGUAGCGAUCGAUCCGGGAAAAUGUUAAUUCAGGCUGGUGAUAAUAAAACUGUUGAUGAUUUUUGGUUUAGUUGUAGCUACGAUACGUUCAGGUUUAAAUAUGAGGAAGAACCUCGAUGUGUAGUAAACGAUACACAAUAUCAUGUAGGUGAAUUAUUCCGGCAAGAUUAUUUUCAAUGGCUUUGCUUGGAAACUGGUCGAUGGAUUACAGGUUGUUAUUACCAAAAUGAAACGAAACAUUGGAUUCUGUUGAAAAUUGGCCAAACUGGAUAUAAUGGACUGGUGAAACAUGUUUGUGAUCGUUAUGAUGAUUAUCCAGGAAGGGUACAGUAUUAUGCUGAGGUACGAAAGGAUGUACCUGUCAAGCAUCCCUCAAAUAAGGGUAAAAAUCAGAAUUUACCGGAGCUAAUUGAUAAUCGUUUGAAAGAAGAACCAAUUCGAUGGCUUCAUACAAAUGCAGCUAAUUUCAUAGUUAAUAAUGAAGCCUUCAAAUUAAAAAUUCGUUAUCUACCCAAUUCAAAACAAACAUAG